UCCGAUGGUGGCUGACCUCAGUCCACUCCAUCUUGGUGGGUGGCACCUCCAUCCUUCCAAUGGCUCGGGCCAAAGCCCUCAGGGUCAUUUUAUAAAAACUAUUUGUUUUUGUGUUGACGGUGCUGGGUCUUUGUUGCCGCACAGAGGCUCCUCAUUGUGGCAGUUUGUCUUGUUGCAGAAUGUGGGCUUCAGUACUUGUGGCACAUGGGCUUAGCUGCCCUGCGGCAUUGUGGGAUCUUCCCGGACCAGGGGUCAACCUCAAGUCCCCUGCAUUGGCAGAUGGAUUCUUCAGCACUGUGACCACCAGGGAAGUCCCUCAGAAUCAUUUUUUUUUACUCCUUCUAAUCACCUUUUCUCUGCCCCAGCCCUCAAACUCCAUUCUGUCAGCAAAGCCUGUUGACUCUACCUUCAAAUCAGAUCUAGAAUUUAACCCAUUCUUACCUCUUCUUCCCUACAACCCUGGCACAUCUGGCACCUAGUACCUGGGCUAGUCCAGUGGCCUCCUCAUGGAGCUCUGCUUCUGCCCUUGACCCCCCAGGCCAGAGGGAGCCUUUGAUAGUCUCAUCUCUGUGCCCCAGAUUCUCCAGUAACUUUUCUUCUGGCUCAAAUAUUUGUUAAAGGCAAGGAGGAAGAAAUGAAUGGAUGAAUGAAUGUCCUUUUCCACAUCUGUAGUAGCUGGCAGAUAGUAAGUGCUAAGAAAGCACCUGCAACGAGAAUACAAGGGGCAGGACUUCCGUGGUAGCAUAGUGGAUAAGAAUCUGCCUCCCAGUGCAGGGGAUGCAGGUUCAAUCCCUGGUCCAGGAAGAUUCCACAUGCUGCGGAGCAACUAAGUGUGUGUGCCACAGGUACUGAAGCCCACACACGUAGAGCCCGUGUUCCGCAACAAAGAGAAGCCACUACAGUGAGACGCCCACACACCACCAUGAAGAGUAGCCCCUGCUUGCUGCAACUAGAGAAAGCCCCCGAGCAGCAACAAAGACUCAGUGCAACCAAAAAUAAAUAAAAAUGAAAAAAAAAGAAUACGUGGGGCACGAGUGAGUGGGUGAGGAUGGGAGCACACAGUAGGUACAUGGGGAGCCUGGUGAAGACAGCAGCACACAGUAGGCACACAGGGAGCCUGGUGAGGCCUGGAGCACACAGUAGGUACCUGGGGAGCCUGGUGAGGACAGGAGCACACAGAAAGUACACAGGGAGCCUGGUGGGGAUGGGAGCACACAGUGGGUACAUGGGGAGCCCAGUGAGGACUGAAGCACACAGAAGGUACACGGGGAGCCUGGUGAGGCCUGGAGCACACAGAAGGUACACAGGGAGCCUGGUGAGGCCUGGAGCACACAGUAGGUACACAGGGAGCCUGGCAGGCUCUUGGGUGAGGUGGUUCUUGCUCCUGGUGGCAGCAGAAGCAGCCCUCCAACCAGCAACCCCUCCCCUCCCCUCUCGGGUUGGGAGUGGGGCAGGCAGGCAGAGCCCAGGCCAUCUCGGGGCCCUGGCCUGGCCAGCCUCUCUUUUGGGUGGGGCAGCUGAUGUGGCCACUGGUUCCGGGAACCCUCGCUGGGCAGCAGUUCUGGGAAGGCUGUGUCUUCCCUUCCCUCCUGGCCCCCUGCCAGACCGGCUCAGCUGCCCCGGAGAGCAAGGGAAGCUGCCGGCCAGCUUCAGAUUGUGACGUUUCAGGAGUCAGCAGCUCCCAGGGGAGGUCCCUCCCGCAGCCCUGCUGUCCUGGGCUCCCUCUCCACGUGCUCCUUGUCACGGGGCUGGCUGCAUCCUGUCCACUGAUCCACCCCCUCCACCGCCACCCCUCCCUUCACUCGGUCUGCAGCCAAGAGAGGGAAGAGGAGUAGGAGGCCUGUGCGCUCCGCUGGGCUCAGGACGCACAGACGGGUCAUUUCCAUACCCCUGCUGGCUUCUGACAUUUCAGGACUCACUGCUCAUCUCCCCUCAGAUCAAAAAAAGAGCCCUUGUUGCCACCCCGUCUGUGCCGUGUGAAGACGUGCACAUCACAUCUUGCGUUUUCCUCUGAGAUGCAACACCGGCUGUCCCUGUGAAACCAGUCGGUGUGCGUAUAUGGGUGUGUAUGCGAACAUACAUACGUCUGGAUGUGCCCUCCAAGACAGAUCAAAGCAGGCACCGUAGGAUCUCUCGAUGGGGCGGCUUCUCUCUUUACUCAUGUUCCCAGUGAGCUGCCUGAUCCUGUUGUGGGUGGCCGGCUCUGGGAGCAUGAGGGUCCUUCAGUAUCCCACCUGCUUCUCGGACUACAUCAGCAACUCCACCUGUGAGUGGGAGAUGGCCGAGCCCACCAACUGCAGAGCCAAGCUCCACCUGUCCUACCAGCUGAAUUUUUACUACUCUGAAAACCACACAUGUGUCCCCGAGAACAGAGCAGGUAUGGGGGGCACGGUGUGCGUAUGCCAUCUGCUGAUAGAGAACCCAGUCAGACAAGACGUCUACCAGCUGGACCUGUGGGCCGGGAAGCAGCUACUGUGGAACAGCUCCUUCAAGCCCAGCGAGCAUGUGAAACCACCGGCCCCCAGAAACCUCACGGUUCACGCCGACAUCUCCCACACGUGGCUGCUGACGUGGAACAACCCGUACCCUUCUGAGAACCUCCUGUACUCCGAGCUCACCUACCUGGUCAACAUCUCAAAUGAAAAUGACCCCACGGAUGUGCAGGUGGGUGGAGGCCAUUGUCAGCCACUCACGUUCUCGCCUCAGAUAUUCACAUUGGAGGGACGACAUCUGAACGCCAGGGGCCCUGGCGCCCCGUGGAGCCAGCAGUUCAGAACCUAUAACGUGACCUACAUGGGGCCCACCCUGCGUGUCGCGGCCAGCACCCUGAAGUCUGGAGCUUCCUACAGCGCACGGGUGAAGGCCUGGGCUCAGAGCUACAACAGCAGCUGGAGCGAGUGGAGCCCCAGCACCAAGUGGCUUAACUACUACGGGGAGACCUGGGAGCAGCGCCUCCAGCUGGGCGUCGGCAUCUCAUGCGUCAUCGUCCUGGCGGUGUGCGUGUCCUGCUACAUCAGCAUCAUCAAGAUUAAGAAAGAAUGGUGGGACCAAAUUCCCAACCCAGCCCACAGCCCCCUCGUGGCUGUUGUCAUCCAGGAUUCUCAGGUGUCACUGUGGAGGAAGCGGUCUCGAGGCCAGGAACCAGCCAAGUGCCCACACUGGAAGACUUGUCUUGCCAAGCUCCUGCCCUGUUUACUGGAGCAUGGCAUGGAGAGGGAUGACGACUUCUCUAAGGCUGCUAGAAAUGGGCCUUCCCAGGGUUCUGGGAAAGUAGCAUGGUGCCCCGUGGAGGUCAGCAAGACGAUCCUCCGGCCAGAGAGCAUCAGCGUGGUGCGGUGCGUGGAGCUGUUUGAGGCCCAAGUGGAGAAGGAAGAAGAGGAAGUGGAGGAAGAUAAAGGGAGCUUCUGCCCAUCACCUGAGAACAGCGGGGGACUCUUCCAGGAGGGCAGAGAGGACAUUGCGGCCCGGCUGACAGAGAGCCUGUUCCUGCACCUUCUCAGAGAUGAGACUGGGGGCUUUAGUCCACAAGGUGUGGAGUCCUGCCUUCUUCCCCCUUUAGAAAAUGCAAAUGCUCAGAGGCCCUGGGCCGAGUUCCCAAGGGUGGGGCCCCAGGAGGCAUCAUCUGAGGACAAGGAACAGCCUCUGAGCCCCGAGUCAAGUCCUCCGGCCAAUCCAACCCAGAACCCAGCUAGCCUGCCUCUCCCAGAGAUGCCCGCCGUCAUCUCAGACAACCCUGCUUACCGCAGCUUCAGCACCUUCCUGAGCCAGUCCUCGGGCCCUGGAGAGCUUGACUCGGACCCACAGCUGCCCGAAUGCCUGGGGGAAGUGGACCCCAACAUCCCCACCACCCCCGAGCCGGAACCAGAAACCUGGGAACAGAUUCUGCGUCAGAGGGUCCUCCAGCACAGGGCGGCCCCCGGCCCCGCCUCGGCCCCUAGCAGCGGCUACCGGGAAUUUGUGCAGGCGGUGAAGGAGGGUGGCACCCAGGACAGCGGGCUGGCCGGCUUUGGGCCCUCUGAAGAGGCCGGCUACAAGGCCUUCUCCAGCUUGCUCGCCAGCAGUGACAGCUGCCCUGCAACUUCUGGGGUUGACCCCAGCAGCGGGGAAGGGGGCUACAAACCCUUCCAGAGCCUCGCUUCUGGCUGCCCCAGGACCCCUUCCCCCACUCCCGUCCCCCUGUUCACUUUCGGCCUGGACAUGGACCCCCCUCACAGUCCUCAGGACUCAGAGUGGCCUGAGUUGGAGCCAGCUGUCAAGGGAGACAAUGGACAGAAACCCCUCUUCGCCCCGGUGCCGGCCACAGACCCUCUCAGGGACGACCUGGGCAACGGCGUCAUCUACUCAGCCCUCACCUGCCACCUGUGCGGGCACCUGAAGCAGUGCCAUGGCCAGGAGGAAGCUGGCAAGGCGCAAAUUGUGGCCAGCCCCUGCUGCGGCUGCUGCUGUGGGGACAGGUCCUCGCCUCUGCUGAGUCCGCUGAAAGCCCCAGACUCCCUGCCCCAGGGGCCUCCACUGGCGGCCAGCCUCUCUGCGGCCUCCCUAGCACCCUUAGGUGUCUCAGAGGAGGGGAAGUGCCCUCUGUUCAAUGCCCCCAGCCAUGCCCAGAGCUCAGGCCAGGCUCCUACAGUGGCUGCCAUGCUCUCUCCAGGGCCCACGUGCAUGGACGCUUCCUAGGUGCGUGCCUGCUCCUUGCUGAAGUCUACAGAGGAGAUGGGGCCUUAAUCAGGCCUGCGAAAUGCCUGCCUCUGGAAGGCCGCCAGGCUGGCAGAGUUCCAGAAGACUCUGGGAACUCUGGAGUGAAGUUCUCAGACGCCGGGUCUACAGGGACUGGACGCCCCCAGCUCCCUUUGCUGGCCCCGGCUCACCACCUCCCAUGGGAGUGGGGGCUCCAGGCAGCUGUGCCCACAGAGGCACCUGCAGUCAUCUGGAGAUUCCCCGGGCACCUUGGCUUGUGCACAAGCUGUUGGCCACUUCAUCGGUUCACAGAUGCACGAGCAGACUGUCCCUGUCAUACUCAAGGCAUAUUCUGUCACUCUGACUGUCCCUGUCAUACUCAAGGCAUAUUCUGUCACUCUGACCCAGUUCUUGCCCAGACUCUGGAGUAGCUACCACCAUCUCUCUAGAUUGGAUGCUGAGCCUAGAAACUCACCAAGCCAACUGGGGAAUUGACUUGGGAGGCCUUGGGAAAUUGAGGUCCAGGAAGGGUGGUCAUCUGCCCAGAGAUGUCUAUUCAUUCAACAGAAGUUGACGCUGGGGGCAAGGUCUGAGCUGCAGAGGGGUGAUUAAUUAAGCGGAGUUAACCAAGGACAUGAUAAAUUGUGAUUUCUGAGACGUGACAGCUUGUGGCCAGCUUCCCACUCAAGGCUGGGAUUCCUGUUAAGCAUUGGAUCCCCAGAGAAGAGGCAUGCCUGGCAACCUUGGGGCAGGCGUGUGCCCCCAGGGAUGCCAUUGCUGGCAUCACUGCUUCAGAAGGUGUGGCUCAGGCCUCCUGAUCCAGCGAGCUGGGGUGACCAAGACGCUAACACCAGGCACAUCACCCACACAUCAUCAACUCCCACCUCAGGUUGAGGAAUGCUUGUUUGUGUGCAUCUCAAAAAUUAUUUCAUCACUGGGUGUUUGUGUUUGCUGAGGAGGGUGGAAUGGGAAGAGACGGAGUUUUGUAUAAAUAAAUGUUCUUUAUCUCUUUCCCCUCCCCCGCCACCAUUUAUUAAAUCAACAUCCUGCCAAGCA